GAGCGAGUGAGUGAGAGAGAGCGAGGAACACACACACACACACACACACACAGAGAGAGAGAGAGAGAGAGAGAGAGAGAGCUCUUAGACAUUAGAGCUGCUCCGGUGAUCUUCAGGACCGUCUGUGUGUUUCAACGCUGUUCUCACGCGUGUCGCUCACUGCUGGCGUCCGCGUGCGCGUGAAGAUGCUCUAGACACGUCUGCGUUUGCAUCUGUGACCUUUGACCCCUGAGCCCGAACACUGACCCGUGCCUGGACGGCGUCCACCGCGCUCCAGAACCAUGUGAGGGCCUUUCAGUGCCUCUCUGAGCUCCGCCUGUAACCCCGCCCCAGCUGAUACAAGCCCCGCCCUCCCUCUAGCCCCGCCCCCGCCCCUGAAGAAACUGGCCAUGAUGUUCCGGGACCAAGUGGGGAUCCUGACGGACUGGUUUAAGGGUUGGAACGAGUGUGAGCAGACGGUGGCGCUGCUGUCGCUGCUGAAGCGUGUCUCUCGGACGCAGGCCCGCUUCCUGCACAUCUGUCUGGACCACUGGCUGGCCGACUGCACCGAGAUACACAUACUGGAGGCAGAGGCCAACAAUGCAGCUGUGGUCAGUCAGUGGCAGCAGGAGCCGAAGGAGAAGGCGGUGUCGCUGCUGCUAUCCCAUCUGCCCCUGCUGCAGCCGCGCAACAGCGAAGCCAAGUGUGAAUACAUGAAGCUGCUGCAGAAGGUGCUGAGCCACACCAUCGAGAGCAGCCUGUUCGUGGAGGAGAGUCGCCAGCUGCUGUCCUACGCCCUCAUCCACCCGGCCACCACCCUCGAUGACCGCAACUCUCUGGCCCUGUGGCUCAAUCACCUGGAGGAGCACCUGUCCUCGCGGCCGCCUCCGCUCCAUCACGCCCGGCAGGGCUCCGACGAGUGGCCCUGCUCCGCCGAGGCUCUGGAGCCGGCGUACGGACAGAACGGACACAUGUCUUUCCCUGGAUCGGGCGGAGUGACCUCACCAGUCAGCAGCAGCACAGGACUGGCUGGCCAGGUGCAGCCGAGCUCAAUGAAGCCCUCCAUGUCUCUCACACACGCCAAUCAGCUGACCUGCGGCUCUGAUUGGCUGAGCCAGGAGGAGGGGGGCGUGUCUGGAGCAGAACACGCCCCUCUGUCGCCGCAGAGCAGUGUGGCUUCAUCAGGCAGCGAGCAGACGGAGGAGCAGAGCAACACACGCAACACUUUCCAGGAGGACGGCAGCGGGAUGAGAGACGUGCCGGCCUGGCUGAAGAGUCUCCGUCUGCAUAAAUACGCGUCGCUCUUUUCUCAGAUGACGUAUGAAGAAAUGAUGAUCCUCACAGAGCAGCACCUGGAGUCACAGUUGUGUGGUGUUUGUUUGUUUCAGAACGUGACGAAAGGAGCUCGACACAAGAUCGCGCUGAGCAUCCAGAAGCUCAGAGAGCGACAGAGCGUCCUCAAGUCUCUGGAAAAGGAUAUUCUGGAAGGCGGGAACGUUCGGAAUGCUUUACAAGAGCUUCAGCAGAUCAUCAUCACGCCAAUCAAAGUCUAUGCCCCGCCCACUGCAGCCCAGAAGGAGGUGGAGCCUGGAGUCACACCUCCAGAGAAAGCGGCCAAUCCCGGUGAAGAGAAGGAGAGCGAGGGCUUCCAGACCCACAAUCCUCCAGCGUGUGACGGAGAAUCCCCGUCUGCACCCAUUGGUGACGGAGACAUCGCAGGACAGUUCACGCGUGUGAUGGGGAAAGUGUGUACGCAGCUGCUGGUGUCCAGACCGGACGAGGAGAACAUCAGCUGUUACCUGCAGCUCAUAGAGAAGUGUCUGACACACGAGGCGUUCACAGAGACGCAGAAGAAGCGGCUGUUGUCAUGGAAACAGCAGGUGCUGAAGUUGCUCCGCCUCUUCCCGCGGAAGACCGUGAUGGACAGCAGUGUGUACCGGAGAGGGUGGCAGCAGUACGGAUCUAACUCUCUGCCCACAGCUGGAUCUGUGAGCGCAGGCUUGGGCCGCCGGGGCCAGAGGCCCUUCCAGAUGCCCCCCCGAGGAGCUCCUCCAGCUGGACGCAUGGGUCUGAUGAGCGCCGGCGGACUGACCGGAGCAUCGCCCCGACACUCGCUCGCUAACCCCCCCGCCGUCAGCGCACAGGGCCGACAGAAUCUGUGGUUUGGGAAUCCUGGAGGCAGUAACAGCAUGCCGAGCCAGAGCAGAAGCUCGGUGCAGAGAACUCAUUCACUUCCUGUCCACACGUCUCCUCAGACCAUGCUCCUGUUCCAGCAGCAAGAAUGCCAAGUUCCGGGGACAGAUCUGGAGAUCAACCCCACGCUGGAGUCUCUGUGCCUCAGCAUGACAGAGCAUGCCUUAGGAGUGAGAUGCGCUCCUCUGGUGGAAGAGAAGAGCACUGACUGUGCUUCUGAUGGGGUCAGCAUCGGUGCUGAUGGACCGACGGUCGGCUGUGAGCCACGAGACACCGAUGAGGCUCAGGAGAGACACGAGGGUCUGCUGAGAGAGCUACAGGAGCUGGCUCAACACGAGAAAGACAGAGAGCGUGAAGACAACCGCGAAAAAGACGAUUACGAGCUCAAUGACACGUGGGAGGAGGAUGAGGAUGAGGAGGAGGACGAGGGAGCGAUGAAGGAGCAGAAUGAGCGAGACCUGGACGAGCUCCUGCAGGAGGAGAUCCAGAAGACGGAGAUCCAGAGGAGACAAGACGAGGAGCUGGAGGAGCUGCUGAAGGAGCUGAAGAGGAAACAACAGGAGAAGAAACACAGGAGGAACCAGGAGGAGGAGGAGGAGGAGAGGAAGAGCGAGCUGGAGCUGAUGGUGGAGAAGGAGAAGGUGGAGAAGGAGCUGAAGGAGCUGCUGGAGGAGCGGAAGAACGACACCAAGAGCUGGAACAAAGAGAAGGAGAAGGAGGAGAAACAGGAGGAGCUGCAGGAGCUGAUGAGGAAGAUGAAGGAGGAGAAGAAGGAGAAGCGGGAGAUGGAGAACGCCAGCGAUGAGGCCACGAGACAGUUCGAGAGAGAGAGAGACGAGGAGGAGGAGGAGGAGGAGGAUGAAGAUGAGGAGCUGCUGGAGAUCGAAGCUGAACUGAGGAAAGUGGCAGCGCAGCUACAUGAACUACGCAGGGGUUAAACACACACACACACACACACACACACACAAUCAGAUGAAACACUCUAAAUAAGACAUCAUUUAGUCCAUUUAUGAAGGUAUAUGUUCACAAGCUCAUAGAGGCAGUUCAUUCAUCAGGCUUCACUGUCCUGCUGCAGAUGUUCAUGAAACGAAACAAACACACUGCAGGUAAAGCCAUAGAGACACGUGUUUAGUGCACAGGCCACGCCCCCUACUCAUCACUCCCCGCCUCCUCAUUUGAAUAUUUUAGCAUUCAUAUCUAUAUUGUAAUGCAAUACUUUCUUGAGUGUUACGACUAAUAUAACGAGACACAUAUGAUGAAGUA